UCUCGUCAUAAUUUUUUUAGUUCAUGGUGAUUCACGACAGUAGUAGUAUACGAUGGUGUACAUAUGGUAAUAAUUGUUUCGACGAUCUUGGAGCGAACAGCUGUUAGCGAUUGAUGCAAUCGACUGUUCCUGUGCCAUAUUUUGGGUUAAAAUUUUUACAUUGGUUCGCUUCGUUACAUCCUUUGGCUAACGAAGUAGGUUAGAAGAGUAGAUCGUACCAAUUGAUCUAUCAAGAUUUGAAAUUUCAUGAUAAAAUAAGAACAGGACUUUGUUGCAAUCCGGAGUAUCCAGUAAGCACAGAAAAAAGAGGAAACUAAAAUGCAGGGGAUCGAUAUAGCUGAACAACUUCAUCUGGGUUCAGAAAUACGCGAACUUAAGCUUGGACCGAGUAUCACUGGUAACAGUACCAAGUUUCACACAUUGAAAUAUGACUUCAAACCUGCGAGUGUUGACGAUUCGAAAGUGGCGACAGUUGAUGUUGGGACAAGUAACACAAUAUCAGUUACAGUUCCGCAUUUAGAUGGUGCUGGUACACCUCACACCGUGUUCAAAGGUUCUCAAAAACCUUAUCACAAGGAAUACGUUUUGAUUUUCGAUAAGAUCACUGGUGAGAUCACACUGGAACGAUUAAGUGCAAAUAUCCAAGUUAAAAAAACACGAGCGGAACCCAAACAAAAUAGCAAUGGUAACACGCUGUCCGUUAACACGGCGCCUGUUGAGGUCAAGAAGAGUCCUACAUAUGGCAGAGCAAACGGAAGGACGAAAGUUAUCAGUGGGAAAAAGAGGGAACCAUCCGUUCAGCUGCAUCCCAAACAAAAUCUGCAUCAGACAUCACCGUACGAUAAAAUAAGUCCACGCAAUACGUCUACUAAUAGUUAUUCGCCAGCUCAACCAUCAAGUGGACAGUCCACAUUGGCCAGUCUACCGAUGAUUGGUGACAAUGACGAUUUCGCGCUAUCAGUACCAGUAAUGCCUACAUCUUCCUCUGUACAAAAUAGAAUUUCCCCUCUACCGGCAAUUCUGGUAGAUACGAAAUCCACUACCUUAGAAAGUGAUUCCAGUUCAAGCAGUUCGAGUUCCGAUUCUACGAGCAGCGAUUCCGAGGCAGAAGCUAGCCCAUCACGAACUACUAAUGGUCAUUUGAAUAGUGCAACUGCCUCACCCACACUGUUCAUGCCAAAUAAUCUCUUGAAUGAUGACCUACAAUUAUCGGAAUCGGAAUCGGAUUCCGAUAGUAAUUAAUAGUGAUUUAUUGAUAGGAUUAUAUUUUGUAAUGUAUUGUAAAGAUGUGGCAGCGUGAUCUAGUGGUAGAGCGCCAAACUCAUCAUCAUUAUGGGAAACUGGGUUCAAGUCCAUUGUACUACAAGAAGUUUAUUCCAAGCUGCACACUCCAUAUACCGAAUAAGCGGGGAGAAAACUGGGCUUCGUGUUCCGGAGGGCUGUGUUCCGAUUCUUCACCAGGGUGCUCUCCCUCUCUUUUUAUCUUUCUUACUCGAACACAGCGGGUGCACCUAGGUACGGAAUCGGAACGCAGCCGAAGAGAUGUUAAGUUUAAUGUUGGUCCUCGCUAAACCGCUAUGUUAAUCCCGUGCCCCAUUAAAUGGUGGGUGCAUUGGACUAAUAACCCACUCAGCCGAAAAUCGAAUAUUACUGAAACCGAUACAGAGUUCAGCCGGCUGUUGACGAGACUCUGUAGAGGCCCUGUGCUCCUUGAAAAGGAACAAUACAAAUAACAAAAAACUUAUAUUUGUAAGUUUAUAUUCUAUGUAUUUUUUUAAAUCUUAUUAAAAUCUUUUUAUCUGCAAAGUACCUUACAUAUUUAGUUUUUAUAUCAAAAUAGCCGAUUCAAUUUUAUUAACAGAUUGGAAAGACUCGAAUAGAGCUUUCUUUUCUUACAUUAAAUGUGUACAGUGUGCCUCUUUUCCUUAGUUUUUGCUUAUAAAGAGCAAAAACAAGCUCAUCCUUUACAAGUUUUUAUUGUCGCUCGCGCGCAAGAAUUUUUCAGUAAAUUUAUUAGUGCUUUUGGAAAUAAGCGUGUAAUAUAUUUUAUGUCUCUAAUUGUAAAAGAGAGAUAAUAUAUUCUACAUAUGUUACAAGUAUGUAUCAUAACUGUAUUAUAGAAAUAUAUGAAUUAUUGCGUUAAUAAA